AUGACCGAUACAAAAAAUAUUAUAUUAAUUGGCCGUACGGGAAACGGAAAAUCAACGUUAGCUAACGUGCUAACUAAUUCUAAUGAAUUUACGGAAAGUGCUGGUAGUACCAGUGAAACGCGAGGGAUUCAAAUAGAAGAAUUCGAAGAAGCAAUAGAUACAAGCGGGGAGCAAAAAAUUAAAUACAAAGUAAUUGAUACUGUAGGAAUCGGUGACACCCGUCUAACUACCCAAGGAGUUCUUUACAGGCUAGCAGAAGCUAGUUAUCAUAUCAAAGAAGGCUUAAAUCAAAUCUUGUUUGUAACCAACGGACGAUUCACCAAAGAAGAAAUAAAUACUUUUGGGUUAUUAAAAUCUGUUAUUUUUGACAAAAGGGUUGCCGAAUACACCACCAUCGUAAGAACUAAUUUCCCAGACUUUGAAGACCAAAACGAAUGUGAUAAUGAUCAACAAAAAUUACGGAAUGAGAAUGAAUCUCUUUUCAAUAUACUUGGCGCGUGCAAGAUUAUAUAUAUCGACAAUCCGCCAUUAAAAGGUCGUUCAGCUGCCACAAACCGUGAUAUUCGUGAGGAGUCACGGAAAAGACUCUUGAUUUAUUUGGCAACCUGCCAAGGAAUUUAUAAACCUGAAAACCUGGACGCUAUGAAUGAUCGAAUCGGUAGUUAUAUGACAGAAAACGAAAAGAUACUGCAAGAGCUGGAGAACCUUAAAAAAGUUUCGGAAGAAGAGAAAAAAUUAUCUGAAGAAGAAAAGAGAAAACUAACUGAACUUAUAAAAUCCCUUGAGGCCCAAAGUAAGGAUUUACAAAAACAGAUCGUUGACGGAGCAGAGCAGAGGACGAGGGGUCGAUGUACAAUUUUAUAG